GCGAGGCGCGGACGCCGGGCGAGCCGGGCAGCGGAACUGACGCCGGCGGGCUUCCGGGGGCGGCCCCGGGGAGCUCGGCGGCGGCCCGCGGUGGUGGGGAGCGGCAGGAGCAUCAGGGACCACGGGCGACGCAAGUUCCGGACGGGGCUCUCCUCUCCUCGCCUCACACCUCUCCUUCCUCUCGCCUGGUCCGGGGCUGUCUCCCGACCGUGGCCCUUUCGGCCGAGUGCUUUCAGAGUGCGGUCGCGGAGGGGAAGCCGUCGUCAUCCCCGCCUUGGGGCCGAGUGAGGCGCCCGUCGCGCCGCGUCGCCCCCUCGCCGCCUCCUCGCCCCUGUGGCGGGCGCCGUUCUCGUCCCAAGCACUCCCCCCAGCUCCAUGAAUGGAAAUCGGCUCCGCAGGACCUGUUGGGGCCCAGCCCCUACUCAUGGUGCCCAGAAGACCUGGCUAUGGCACCAUGGGCAAACCCAUUAAACUGUUGGCUAACUGUUUUCAAGUUGAAAUCCCAAAGAUUGAUGUCUACCUCUAUGAGGUAGAUAUUAAACCAGACAAGUGUCCUAGGAGAGUGAACAGGGAAGUAGUUGACUCAAUGGUUCAGCAUUUUAAAGUAACUAUAUUUGGAGACCGUAGACCAGUUUAUGAUGGAAAAAGAAGCCUUUAUACAGCCAAUCCACUUCCUGUGGCAACUACUGGGGUAGAUUUAGAUGUUACAUUACCUGGGGAAGGUGGAAAAGAUCGUCCUUUCAAGGUGUCAAUCAAAUUUGUCUCUCGGGUGAGUUGGCACCUACUGCAUGAAGUACUGACAGGACGGACCUUGCCUGAGCCACUGGAAUUAGACAAGCCAAUCAGCACUAACCCUGUCCAUGCCGUUGAUGUGGUGCUACGACAUCUGCCCUCCAUGAAAUAUACGCCUGUGGGGCGUUCCUUUUUCUCAGCUCCAGAAGGAUAUGACCACCCUCUGGGAGGGGGCAGGGAAGUAUGGUUUGGAUUCCAUCAGUCUGUUCGACCUGCCAUGUGGAAAAUGAUGCUUAAUAUCGAUGUUUUAAAUCAGAUUCUGGACAGCAUGUUAUUUUACCCCCACUACUUCGAAAGAGACCUCUGGCAGCAGUGUGGAGAAUAGAUAGAGGAGAAAAAACUAAUCUGAGAAGCCAGUUAGGAGGCUUUUCAAUCACUAGUUCAGGUUUCAGUCUACAUGUUACUUCCUUGAGAAGCAUUGUUUGACAGACACCCUUCUCCCCCCAUCCAGCCAUCCCCCAAGUCUGAGUUAGGUAUUUCUCUUAUGUAUUCCCAUAGCGCAGUGUACUUCCCCUAUACUAGGAUGUGUCACCCUGAAUUGAAAGUGUUUAUUGUUCUGUGUCUCCAGUUAGAAUGAGAGCCCCUUAAAACUAAGCACUGUCCAUGUUAUUCCCCAGUGUAACUCUUGGUCAUAUUAGGCGAAAAAAAAAAAAAAAAAAGAAAAAGAAAGAAAAGAAAAGAAAUAAAUUCAACAAAGUGGAGGAAGAUCUUUCCAAUGAGCCUGAAAAG